CACUUUUCGACGUGUCCGAGAGAAAGCGUGUCUGUCGCUGCUGGACUUUCACAAGGCGAUAAGACACACAGCGACUACAAUGAUUGUGAGGUUUGAUCCUUCACUGUCGUACUCGUCAGCCUUCGUCGCCAUGUUGUGCGAUACUGACGCCAACAUCCGACACGAGGUAGCUGAUGUGCUCAAGGGAGCCAACAGAGCAAGAGCGCCAGCACUCAUAGUUGAGCUCGGAUCUCUCUGUCAACGGCCAGGCUCCUCCAAAAUGGACGUGUCGAUAAGAACGCAAGCCUUGCAAAUCGUCACCUCACUGGCUUCAGACCGAGUGAGUGAGCAGGUGGUAAAUGUCCUCAAGUCCUGCACUGAAGAUCCAAACCCAGAGGUCAGGCACAGCGCGAUCCAAGCAUGUCAGGCUCUGGCAAGCAGAGAUUCAAACUUCUCUGAGCAAACGAUGUCGCUAGCGAUGCAGUUGCUCGACGACGGGGUUUGGUACGUUUGUCUUGAGGCGGUCAGAGUCGUGUCGCAAUGGAUGAAAGAGAAGAGCAUCAAAGAAGACAACCUUGUCAGACUCGGAGCAAACUCUCCUGUGGUUAAGGUGAAUGCGCCUUUCUUGGGAUCAGUCAGUUGACACCAUCCUCACUUGUCAUGAAGGCACUCAUGACAGCGUGGAACAAGAACUACGGGGAUGACAGCAAGCAUGUCUACGCAGCCGUCAGAGUAGCACUCAUGGACAUAUGUGACCUGCAGAAUAAGAGCAUUCUAGAUCAAGUCAUGAAUGGGCUAGUGAACGAUGACUUUGAGAUUCGAAAUUCAGCGCUCGUACUCAUUCAAUCAGCAUUUCGACAAGGCUACCCCGUCAGACCGUAUUUUUAUGAAGACUACAUGUCCCAGUCGGUCGAGCUAAUGGGUCAGGUGCUGCAGGAGUACAGCCAGCUUGACGCUGAGGAAGGAAAGCAAAUCGAGGGAGGCGAGAAUAGCAUGCGAGGAAGCGAUAUCAAUGAUGAAUCGAUCCAAGGGAAAAGGAAGACUCUGACAUCAAAGCUCGAGUGCAUUCUCGAAUGCUUGCAUCUCGUCGUUCCUCAUGGGAAUCAAACAGCGAUAGACUGCGUCAUCGCAUGCCUCCAGCAAGCAAAUCACGAUGUUCGCUCAGCUGCAAUGAAGAGUUUGC